AUGUCGUCGAACCACAGCGCUCCUGGGUGGAGCUCGGAGGAGCGCCCAAAGUACCCUAGUGCGCGACGAUCGGCAGAGGACAAGACGACUUACAAGUCGGCCGCAAAGGGUGAAGUUGCCGUGCCCGAACCCUACCUCUGGCUUGAGACGCCCCCUUCUCAAUCGGAAGAGACGGCUGCGUUUGUCAAAGCUCAAGCUGAGCUCACCUCCUCGUACCUCGAGGGAUGCAAGGAUCGCAGCGAAUUCCAGAAGCGCCUCACCGACAACUUCUCCUACCCUCGUUUCACCGCUCCAUCAAGGAAGGGCAAUGACAAAAAGACGGGCAGCUAUUACUACAUGCACAACUCCGGCCUUGAUGCUCAAUACACCAUGUACAAGGCCUCGAGGGCUCAGCUCGAAGAGGCGGAAAAGACAAAAGUCAAGAGCCCAUUUGGAGAGAAGUGGUUCGAUCAAAACCUCCUCAGCAAGGACGGGACGGUGGCGCUCAACUCCAUGGCCUUCUCCAAGUCUGGCAAUUUCCUGGCAUACGCCAUCAGCAAGUCCGGCAGCGACUGGGUGACGAUCUACUUUCGCUCCACCGAAAAGGUCUAUGUCGAAGCGCCCUCCGACCCAGACGAGGCAGCAGCCGCUGGCCCUGAUCGACUCGAUGACGAGCUGAGCAACGUCAAGUUCAGCAGCAUCACCUGGACCCAUGACGACAAGGGCGUCUUCUACCAGCGCUAUCCGGAUCCCAAGAAGGAUGAGGAGGGCAAGACGAAGCGUGGCCAGGAGACCGAUGCUGCUAGAGAUGCUCGUCUCUACUAUCACCGCCUGGGAACCAAGCAAAGCGAGGAUGUUCUCAUCAUCGACGUGGUACCCGACAUCCCCUCUGCCCUGUGGGGUGCAUCAGUGAGCGAAGACGGGAAGUGGCUCAUUGUCGAAAUGUCCAAGGAUACGGACCCAAAGCAGCGCACGUUUGUGGCCUCGCUCGACCAGCCCUUGGGAGAGAAGAUGAAAUGGAUCGUCCUGGCGGACGACUUCAAGUACUCCCUCGAGUACAUCACGAACGUCGGCCUCGAUUUCUACUUUCGCACGAAUCGGGAUGCGCAGAAUUACCGCAUCGUCAAGACAACCUUGGACCCUUCAUCAGCAAAAGAGGUCAGCCACGUCACGCAGCUCAAGGGUGAGGCCGAUGUUAUUGAUGUCAUCCCUGAGGACAAGGAGGCGCCGCUCAAUUCGGUCAAUGUCGUCAACAAGGACAAGCUCCUCGUCAUCUACGCCAAGGAUGUCAAGGACGAGCUAUGGCAAUUUGAGCUCAAGACUGGUGAAAGAGUCGGCCGCCUGCUCCCCGACCUCGUCGGCACCAUCACACAACUUACAGGCCGCGAGGAGGACGAUGAAUCCUUCGUCUCUACAAUGAGCUUCAUCAACCCGGGCAUGCAGACGAGGCUGACCUGGAAAGAGGGCAGCGGCCCUCGCGAUCUGCCCACGUCGACGCUCUUCCAGUCGACUGUUGUCAAGGGCAUCGACCCCGAUGCCUUCAUCAGCAAGGAGGUAUUCUUCAAGAGCAAGGAUGGGACAAAGAUCCCUAUGUUCCUCACAUACCGAAAGGACACAAAGCUCGAUGGAACCGCACCUUCGUGGCUCUAUUUCUACGGUGGCUUCGGCAUCUCCAUGAAGCCUCAAUUCUCGCCCACGCUCAUGACGUGGAUUGCAUCCUAUGGCGGGUCCCUGGCAUGGGUGAAUGCGAGGGGCGGCGGAGAGUACGGAGACUCUUGGCACGAGGAAGGUCGCUUGUUGAAGAAACGAAACACGUUCGACGACGCGAUCUCUGCCGCGCAAUACCUCGUUGACGAGAAGAUUGCGGCCGAGGGCAAGAUUAUCGUCAAUGGCGGAUCCAACGGUGGCUUGGGCGCCAUGGCUGUGGGAAAUCGGGCCCCCCAGGGUCUCUUGGGCGCCGUUGUGGCCGAAGUCGGCGUCCACGACAUGUUGAGGUUCUGGAUGUUCACCGCUGGAAAGUUCUGGACGGCCGAUUACGGUCACCCCGGUGAAGACCCAGAGAUCUUCGACUACAACUAUGGCUACUCGCCCCUGCACAAUGUCGACGCAAAGAGAGUCUAUCCGACGGUGCUGCUGCUUUCUGCAGACCACGACGAUCGUGUCUCUCCGCUGCACACCUUCAAGAUGACGGCCGAGCUGCAGCAUCAUCUGCCAAACAAUCCCAACCCGAUCCUGGCGCGCAUCGAGCUCAACGCAGGACACGGGGCUGGAAAAAGUACGCAAAAGAGGAUCGAAGAGGCCACGGACAAGAUCAGCAUUGUCGCGAGGGCCCUGGAUCUGAAGAUGCUCGAUGUCCCCAAAUGA